AUGCCGUCGGCCAUUGAUAGCCACGGCGUCUCGGGUGUUGCUGCAGCGGGCGCCUUCCUGGACAACCUCCUCGCGCGUGCUGAAAUAGUCAAGCAAACAGCAUCCAUUGAACCGCCCCUCGAGAAAUCAGACUUUGACGACGUUCGACGGCAAUUGAGCGAUGCGCUGAACUAUGAAUUCGUUGCCGAUGAGCCUGUCGACGCGAAGAAGAUACAGCGCUUUGCCGUCAUCGAAACCGCUGCGCGAGACACAUUCAAGUCUUUAAUCGCAAUAACGUCGAUCGAGUCUCCUGCGUUCGUGAAAGUGUGGAACCUCCUCGACAUCCUCUCACUCCUUUCCGACCUCGAACUUUGCGACCCCGCCCUCCUCUUCUGGCUCGUCGAAGAACUGCUCGAUAGUCAAACCAUCGCCGGCUGCCGUAAGGUCUUUGACUUUCUCGAGUCGCGCCGCGAGCGCAUCACGUCCAAACAUUUCAAACAGAAACAGCUCGUCAUCCUUCGCACCUGCAAUGAGCUCCUCCGGCGCUUGUCCAGGGCCCUCGACCCAGCGUUUUGUGGCCGAGUCUUUAUCUUUAUGUUCCAGAGUUUCCCCCUAGGAGACAAGAGUUCCGUAAACCUGAGAGGAGAAUACCACGUCGAAAAUGUCACCACUUUCGACCAAGAGACUCCAAUAGCGGACGGGGAAAAGAUGGAUGUGGACACGGAUGCAAAACCACAAAAAGACAAGCCCCUAGAUCCGGAUACUCUGUACCCCAUUUUUUGGUCGUUACAGGAAAGCUUCAACCAGCCAAAGAAACUUUUCGAGUCGAGCCAUUUUUCCGCCUUCAAAGCUGGUCUUGAAGCGACCAUGGCAACCUUUUGGACCAUCAACCCCGAGAAGCCGACACGGGCCAGAGAAAAGCAGGACAAACCGGACGAGGAAGCAAAUCCUAGCCUCAAGCGAAAGCGCAACGAUGUCGACGACGAGCUCGCCAGCGGCUUCAACCCGAAGUACCUUACUAGCAGAGACUUAUUCAAGCUAGAGCUGAGCGAAGAAGACACAAAGUGGGCGAUAGACAUGAGGGCGGGAGUCGUCAAAUACCUGCAGAAAGGAUUUGAUGGCCCCUUCUUCGACCGGAUGGUUGGCACAGUCCUCGUUAGGGACAAGAAUUGGGUCCGGUGGAAGAUUGAAAACUGCCCGUCGAUCGAGCUCCCAACCUUGUCUCCCGGGACGUUCACAGAAGCCAGGGCUGCAGCGACCAGACUAGCAAGGACGAGACGGUUGCCCAACGAGUCGCGUUCGCUCGAGUUUCUCGGCGAAGAAGACGAAAAAAGUGCGAUGGAAAAGCUGAAAGACCCCCAGCGGUAUAGCCUCCCCGAGCUUGGUAGCUUUAAGGACGGCAUUGAAGACGACGACUUCGACAUCGAAAGAGCCACCAACAACGAGUCGAAGACCUCGGCGAUAGAAAGCAAGGCUAGCAAAGCGUGGAGAACGCUCAGGAUUGCUAGCAAAUCCAAGUUAGUCGUCUUCGAUAAGAUCGAAGAUGACGAAAAGAUCGACAUCAUUUUCAAAGACCACCCCGUCGAAGAGGCCGAUGCCGAGGAAGCCAUGGCUGGUGGUGAAGUCGUUUUCCCCGAGGAUCGCAGGGCGAUCGCCAUCGUGGAUGCCGCCAGCAGCCCCGGCGCAAAGUCCGAGUUGGUCAAGCAAUUUGUUGCUGAACACUCUCGAGUCUUUACCAGGGUUGCGCCCCAUGUCACACGCGAGCCGCAGGAUGGCGAGGCUAAUGGGCAAGAUUACCAUUUUGUGGAUGUCCAGGCGUUCAACGUCAUGCGAGACGGUGACCUGUUUAUCGAAUUCAGCGAGGAGGGCGAGAAUAUCCACGGGACAAACAAGCGGAUGGUGGAAGCGAUCAUGGAUAACGACCGGGUGCCGGUUAUGGAGAUGGAUCGUGAUGGCGCUCAACAAGUCAAAGACAAUGGCUUUGACGCGAGGUUCAUCCUGGUCGAGGGGGCUGAAACGGAAGCAGACAUCACGACACUCGAUUUCUAUGACUCAGUUGUCAAGGACCUCGACUCCCUUAAGGCAGCUAUAUUCGGGUCGGAAAGCGAACCCCCGGCGGUGCCAGUGUCAGGGGAUGGAGACGGGGACACGCCUAUGGCGGACGAAGCUGCUUCAUGA